AUGGCCUCACACCUCCAGAUUGAGGUUGACUUGGACCGGAAUCGCGUACCUGAGGUGACAUCGGAGACAGCCGCCGUUGAUUCGAAGAAGAGGAGAGAUUUUUCUCCGGGUCAAACGGAUCAAGAAGGCGGCGAACUGAGCAUGUAUUCUUUCUUCACUCCAUCACAGAAGAAGUACAUCGUGACCAUUGCUGCUUCUGUGGGAUGGUUCUCUACAGUCAGCAGCUUUAUCUACUUCCCUGCCAUACCAUUCAUUGCCAAAGACCUGAAAGUCAGCGUUGAGAACAUCAAUCUCACGGUAACAUCUUACUUGAUCGCGUCAGGGAUAUUUCCUUCCAUUACCGGUGACGUUGCCGAUCUUUUUGGGCGCCGUCCCGUGUUCAUUGCUUCCCUGGGUGUCUAUUUCUUGGCCAAUGUAGCAUUGGCUCUACAACGUUCCUAUGGAGCCUUAUUCGGACUUAGGAUGCUUCAGAGCGCCGCCAUAUCUGGCACCUUUUCAGUUGCAUACGGUGUUGUUGGAGAUCUCUUUACCCCGGCCGAGCGCGGUGGCUAUACGGGCACUGUCUCUGUUUUGGAGGGCAUGGAUGCCUUCCAAGCCUCGCUGUCCACUGUUUUUAUCAGCACUUAUGGUGUAUCUGGCUUCAUCGCUGGCCUCUGCUAUAUCCCUUUUGGCGUUGCUUGUGCUAUCGGGGCCUUUUUCACAGGUAAGAUCCUGGAUUAUGAUUAUCAGCGGACUGCCAAAGAAAAUGGCUUCGUCAUAGAUAGGUCGAGAGGGGACGACUUGUCCAGGUUUCCAAUCGAGUACGCUCGUUUGAGGACUGCCACUUUUUCUCUGUGUGUGUGCAGUGUAUUGAUCAUUGCAUAUGGGUGGACACUCCAGUUCCAACUUAUCAUGGCUGUGCCCCUGGUCCUUCAAUUUCUGAUUGGUUUCACCAACCAGCUGCUUUUUACGGUACAGUCUUCUCGACAUCCAGACUAUGAACGAUCCAUGAGCUGA